CCCCCCCUCCGUAGCGCCAACAAUCUCGGGCGUGCGAGGGAACUGGCCUUGUGGAGUCUGAAUCCUGAUUUUUUCCCCCAUCAGCUUGGAAGAUGCCAGAAGAAAUUAAAGUACUGGUAGAAGGAGUUUCUCGAUACUGUGAUUGUUUGUCUCCUGAGAUGACAAGUGCAUCUUCCCCUGGAAGCUCUGAUGCAAAGAGUUCAAGAAAUGCUGGUCAAAACAAAGCUCUCAUACCUAAGUGCAUUUCAGACAAACUAUUCACUGUAGGAGCGGUUGUUGUAAUUGCAGCUUUGACCAUUAUUAUAAUUUCAUUGGCUGUUAAAAAGACAGAAACAUGUCCACCUUGUCGUCCCCUUGAAAGUGUUGCCUGUCCAGAUUCAUGGAUUAGAUACAGUGGAAAAUGUCUCUAUAUAUCAAAAGAAGAAAAGAAUUGGUCUCUCAGUUUAAGGUCCUGUUCCUCAUUUAAUGCAUCCUUGGCUGUGAUUGAUACUCAGAAGGAACUGGAUUUUUGGGUGGAUAUUCUCCAUUCCUCUCAUUACUGGUUUGGUCUCUCAAGAGAAGUUAACCGGGUCUGGAAAUGGUCCAAUGGCACAGAGUUUAAAAAUCAGUUUCCAGUACGAGGAGGCGGCUUCUGUGCAUAUCUAAAUGGAAAAGGGGCCAGUAGUACCACAUGCUCCAUGGAGAAACGUUUUCUCUGCAGCCAGCCAGAACGUUGCAGCAAGGCUGGAAGAGAAGAGAGCUCAUGGCCUGGAGAAAUAUGAGGGGGAGGGGAAGGACAGAGCAACAUGGCCAUCGAGUGACAGCAUUUCAAUGUCCCUUCUGGAGGAUUUCACAUUUUCUAAUACAUCCAUGUGCCACAAAGAGGGAGUCAAGCUAUUUUCCAAAGCGCCUGAAGGCAGGACAAGAAGCAACGGAUGG